AUGUCUUGGAGUCGCCCUGCCAACAUCCCUGUGGGUAAAGUCUGGAGCAGAUUCAAAGGACGCGAUCGAGAUGGACAGCCGGGUAAAAUGUACCAGAUCCGAGACAUGGAGCCUUCAGAUAGAAAGAAUUGCUUGGACAUGAUGGAGAAAACUUUCCUAAAGGAUGAACCGCUGUCUCAAGUGCUAGACAUCCAGUCAGACCUAGUGUCAGUGGCAACCAUCAGAGCCAAUUGGGAGAUCUAUGUGGAUCAGGGUAUAAGCAUUGCUUGCUACACCGAGGAGGAUGGCGCGCCCAACGAGCUGGCGGGUUUCAACAUUCUCAUUGUUAAGACCGCUAAUGAGGAAGACGAAGAUAUUGAAAAUGUUUCAGGGGAGAUCUGGAAGAAACUUUUAAAGACGUUGGUAACAGCUGAGAAGUUGAUUAACGUGUUUGAGCAUUACGGAGUGGACAGGUAUCUGACAUCGAGCGGUCUAGUUGUGCUACCGGCUCACCGAGGACAGAACAUCGGCGCGAGGAUCUUAGAGGCCCGGGAGGCGAUUUGCGAGGCUUUCGGCAUAGAGGCAGUGGCCACAGUGUUCACUGCGAGCGGGUCCCAGGUGUUGGCAGCCAAGUGCGGCUACCAGCAGCUUGCCGUGCUGCCCUACGAGGACAUGAAACACCACGGCGUGGACCUCACCGGCUGCACCACUCCCACCGCUGUGCUCAUGGGGAUAAAGUUCAAAAAAGAAGAUAGAACGCGUUAA